CCACAACUCGUCGAGACCCAUCAAGACCGCCCAGCCAGCCAAUUCGACCGCCAUGAGGCCAACCGCUUCAUCGGCGCUCCUCGGUGCCUUCCAGGCACUCAGGAUAUCGCCCGCAACACCCGUCCGAGCUUCCCUCCCUUCGACUGCCGCUUCCCGUUGUUCGCCGCCGACCACAUCCGCCAGUGCAUCCCAACAUGUCAGGUUAUUCUCGGUGACGGCGGUCCGGGCGGGAACAUGGCUGGAGCCGGACCUCCCGCGCAAGAAGAAGAUGAUGAAGGGGCGGCCCAGAGUGCCUACGGGGGGUUCAACCAAGGGUACGACGGUCGUCUGGGGCGAUUAUGGUCUGCGCAUGUGCGACCACCACCGCCGAGUCAGCGCUGCCCAGCUCAAGCUCGCCGAGGACACCAUUAAGCAGCGCCUCCGUGGCGAGAAGUACCGGCUGUAUAAGAGGGUUGCUUGCAACGUUGGUGUGUUCGUCAGCGGCAACGAGAUGAGAAUGGGUAAAGGCAAGGGCUCUUUCGAUCAUUGGGCAGCCAGGAUUGCUGUCAACCAGAUCGUUUUCGAGAUUAGGGGGUUGCUGCACGAGCAAGUCAUCCGGGAUGCCUUCCGGCUUGCGGGCAACAAGCUGCCAGGUACUGCCUCUCUUGCUGCAGUAGUUGGCCAAGAUGCUGACUGGUACAUAGGACAAUGGGAAUUCGUGAGAAAGGGCGAUCCGCCUGUUGUGGGAAUCACGAAGCUGGACGGAAUCACAUUGGAGGACCUAAAGAAGCCGUGGAAGAAGCUCCCAGCACCAGAAGCCCCUGCCUCGACGCCGUCUAGCUCAGCGCCUCCUUCAUAGGGAGCAGUGCUGAUGUUGACACCUUCAUUGUCUAAUAUGUAGACUAACAUACUAUCGAUCGGCUGGAAGGUGAGCUCUCCCGUGUCUUGUUAUGGCGCUGUCUAUAAAGCUAUGGCGAGAGAGUCGGGUGAGCUUGGUCUCAACCAAGCCAUCGUCCGGCAGUUCAGAUGUCGAAUCGGGCAGCAUACGAUGGGUGGCCUGUCUGGUCUGAGGACGUAUUGAUGCAUUCUCCGCAUUCUAUUGUGAACCACGAGGAAUAAGAGAAGAAAAUGGAACGAGAACAAGAAGGAAAACAAAAUGCCAUAAACAACAGAAAUAAGCCUUGAUAUGAGAGCACAUGAGACCCCUG